GUGCCCGCUUCCAAGAUGGCGGCGGCGGUGUCUGGCGUCUUGGGCCUGGCUGGCUGGAGGAUUCUACAGCUGCGGUGCCUACCUGUGUCCCGCUGCCGACCACUGCUGGUGUCACGUGCCUUCCAUGCUUCUGUGGGACUAAAGUCUUCAGAAGAGCAGAAGCAGCAACCUCCCCCCUCUUUUUCUCAGCAGCAUUUUGAGGCACAGGGGGCAGGAAAACCCAAUUCUGAGUCUCCUCGUCCAUCCCCCAGGUACACAGACCAGAGUGGAGAGGAGGAGGAGGACUAUGAGAGUGAGGAGCAACUACAGCACCGUAUCCUGACUGCAGCUCUAGAGUUCGUGCCUGCCCAUGGCUGGACGGCAGAAGCCAUUGCUGAAGGAGCCAAGUCUCUGGGACUCUCCAGUGCAGCAGCCAGCAUGUUUGGGGAUGAUGGCAGUGAGCUGAUCCUGCACUUUGUGACGCAGUGCAAUGCUCAGCUUACCCACAUUCUGGAAGAGGAGCAGAAGCUGGUGCAGCUGGGCCAGGCAGAGAAGAGGAAGACAGACCAGUUCCUGCGGGAUGCAGUGGAAACCAGACUGAGAAUGCUGAUCCCGUACAUUGAGCACUGGCCUCGGGCCCUCAGCAUCCUCCUGCUCCCUCACAACAUCCCACCCAGCCUGAGCCUGCUCACCAGCAUGGUGGAUGACAUGUGGCAUUACGCUGGGGACCAGUCCACGGAUUUUAACUGGUACACCCGCCGUGCUGUGCUGGCUGGCAUCUACAACACAACAGAGCUAGUGAUGAUGCAGGACACAUCCCCAGACUUCGAGGACACUUGGCGCUUCCUGGAAAACCGGAUUAAUGACGCCAUGAACAUGGGCCACACUGCCAAGCAGGUGAAGUCCACUGGAGAGGCACUGGUGCAAGGACUCAUGGGUGCAGCAGUAACGCUCAAGAACUUGACAGGUCUAAACCAGCGUCGAUGAGAGGAAGGCGUGUCAGCCUAAGUGCCUGGAAGGAGAGGAGCGAGCAGAUAGAUUUAAAAGGCUUUGACAAGUAAGAAGUGCCAUCCUCGGAACAGGAUGUUAAUGAGAACACACUGAAGGGCUCUGGUGUCACUCCUACAGCCACCUGGAAACCAAAGGGCACUUGAUAGGGCUGUGGCCAGGGAUUGAGCCACUCCUGCAGUUCCUACUGUUGGGCAUGGCCCCCUGACGCCUUUCUGCAUUGCAGCUGUGUGAUUCAAAAACAAAGCUUACACCCAAGCAUUCAAGCCACAGAAACUCAGCACCUCCCUGUCAUGGUUUCAAUAGGCACCUUGCUCGUGUCUUAGCCUUUUUAGAAAUGUUCUCUGGGCUUCCAAGCCAGAGUCAAGAUCCAAAGCUACCACAAGGUGGCAGUUCAUCCCUAGAACAGCACAGGGAUGUGUACACAGGAGGUCAUUCCCACUGUCCCUUGAUGUUAUCCUAUGGAUUCUCUCAAAGCUGCCUCCCGUAAGACUGGUGCCUGGUGGACAGUGAUGCUCAGCCUGGCCAGAGCACUUUACACCAGCAUGCAUGCAUUGUAGAAUUAUUAGUGUAUUUAGAAUCUGUAAAAAUAAUAAAUAUGUUUGAAGUAGUUUCCAGUUGUGUAGUUUCCAUCUAUGAUUGGUAUCUAAGACCCCAGCAGGAGACAGCAGUGCUGUGGCAAAGGCUGAAGCCUAGCAGCCAAGAGACUUGAGUCUGGCCCUGGUGCUGCCCAAUACCUGUAGGCCAGUUAUGGUAAUGUGGUGUUUCUGGGCCCAGGUCUUCCCAUCACUCAAAUGGGGGUCAUAGGGCCUUUCCCCAGACCAUGAACUCUCUUGUCUGCCCUGAUCUGUCACUAACCACUUCAGUGAUACAUUCUUUAAUGAUUUUUCUCAGAUUCUACACUGACUGGACUCCCUUUGCACCUCUGGUUCAUUCUGUCUUCUGCUUGUUUUUCUUGCUCAAGUUAGCUGAAUAACAAUGGGGAAGUCAGGAGCUAAUCAAUUCUCAGGUCUCCGUGUGGGCUUUUCAUUGGGCCCUUUCUGGGCCUCUGAUUCUUUGUGCCUCUUGACUUCCUGACUGAAGUUCCUCAGUAGCCAUUCCACAUUUCAUUGCAGCUUCCUUUAUCCCUCAUAGCACCCACCUCACACCCAGCUGAGUGUACUGCAUCAUUUACUGAGAUGGUGUGGGCUGUGGAGCAAUGGCUCAGUGCUUUUUGUCUAGUCUUGGGAAGAGGUGUCGCUGCUUCUACUGCAGACCUCUUUAUUAUCUCGUGACUUUUCUGCCCUCUAAAUGUAGUUCCUGCUAGGUUUUAUUUAAGGGCUGCUUUUGUCUGUGUGAACAGCUUCUGCUUUUUGAAGUUCAUUUAAACAUGUCUUCAGACUGUUUAGGUGCCUUUGGUAAUUCGUGAUUGAGCAUACAUCCCAUGUGGCAGUGCUCCCGCCCACUACAACUACACAGAACUGUAGGUGACACCUUGUGUAAAAGAGCAUAGUAUCU